UCUUUGUCAGUGUUCAAAAUUCUCCAGUAGAAUUUGAACUCACAAGGAUAUCUCCUCAAGUAAUUAAAUAAUUUUUACGUUAAAAUACAGUUAUUUAUAACAAAUCGAACAUGCUCAUCACGAAUAUGAGUCCGUUGCGAUUCAUAAAGAAACUUUAAACGUUUUUGUGAUAGUCGAUUUCCAGAAAACCAAAAAUUAUUUAAAAACGAGAUCUUUCUAAGAUUGUCAUUUCGUGGAGCAUCUAAACUAUCUACUAUGUCGUGUUAUUUUGAAGCUUAUCAAAUGAGCAUGAACAAUGUUAAAAGAUUUUGAAUAUAAAACAUUAUAACGUCGUUAUUUUCUUUGUUUAUCUUGGUGUUUUAAUGUUUAUGUUUGAAAUAAUUAUGUACUAAUAACUAGCAUAAGAACAUUAAAAGGUUCAUUUACAUUGACCAUAAAUUGCGAAUUUCGAAUGGAUAUUUGUGCUCGUUAGAAUUUAGCGAAUUUCCCACCCAAGUCCACUUUCUUGCUUCAUUCACGUCGCGAAUGCGGUCCUCGCUCCCCGAUCGCGUUAAAAUCGCGCAACUCGUGCCGCGAUCGCUAACAAGUCGCUGUUGUCGUAGCGUAAUCGCGAUGACGUCUUAUUUUUGGAAAAAAUUGAAAUUCGGGAUUGCGAUGUGACACUUUUUUCUUAUAGUGAUCGGGGCACUAUUCCGCAAUCCGAGCGCGAUCACUGUAAGAAAAAACUGUCACAUUUAAUCACGACAUGAUACAGCAUAGCGGCGUGUCUUCCGUGCAAAUCCUAUUCACCGUUUUGUUUUGCUUAUGCGCCUAGUAUAUAACUCUUACUGAUGUUUCGAAAAAUGUUCAAAAUCUUAUCACAUCUUAAUAAUAGCUUACGACCUGACUAAUAUAGUCUUGUGUAGUCGUGUCGCGCGUACGCUGUUCGUCUGCGUUCGCAGUAAAAACUCAGGUCAUUUACUGAUGUUAGACGGAAAACACGAAUAAAUAGUAACUAUAGUAAAAUACUUGAGAGUCAUUGAUUUUUGUAUGAGUACGAAAAAGAUAGCAAUGGCUAAAAGUCGCGUCUAAUUUCGCGCGUCAGCGAACGCGUUACGCGAUCCUGUCGUGAAUUUUUUAAAGAGACUCGCGUCACGACAUGCGAUAAGAAAGUGGACUUGGGCAGCUAUCAGUAACAUCUCUUACAGAUCUGUGCUUUGUGCCUCUAGAAAAAGUUAAGAACAAUCUGGCAGCAAGCAAAGUAGCUUUCAAACUAUCCUAGGAACUAAAACAAUUAGUGUACGUGUUAACAUAAAAGCAAAAUAGCGAAUACAUUAAAAAUCGCACCGCGACAAAUAGUGAGUCUGUCUCCUGUCGUGUAAGCAAGAGUCGCGACACGACAAUGCCAGCGUACGUAGUUCUAUGCAGAAUUAUAUCGCGAGAAUAGCAAAUAUAUAUCCCAUUCAGUAGUAUAUUGCGACAAAAUAGCGAUCGCUGAAAUCGCGUCUUGUUUCGCGAGUAUUAUAGCGAUUAUACGCGUAACGUGAUCGCGAAAGUUGACUUUAGUAAUGUCAGAACGUGCGUGUAUCCAAUAUUCGCUCUAUUUAAUAAAAUUUUUAUUCGACCAGAACAUGUUCUAAGUCGAAAAGAACUCAUGCAUAGAGAGUAGUAAAGAACACUGUAAUAAGUAUACAUAUUUGAAAAUUGAUAAACCUUUACUAUUCUUUAGAUAUGUACCAAUAUUGAUGGCACAAGCAAAUAUCUAUUGGUUACAAGAAAAUUAUGCAGCUGUAGAAAAAAUAUUUAGAAAAUCAGUUGAAUUUUGUAAUGAUCAUGAAAGUUGGAAACUUAAUGUGGCACAUGUCUUAUUUAUGCAAGAAAAUAAAUACAAAGAAGCAAUUGGAUUUUAUGAUCCAAUUGUGAAAAAAAAUGAAGAUAAUUUAUUGAAUGUUAGUCCAAUUGUACUUGCAAAUUUGUGUGUAAGUCAUAUUAUGACAAGUCAAAAUGAAGAUGCUGAAGAAUUAAUGAGAAAAAUUGAACGUGAAGAAGAUAAAUUACCGUAUGAAACACCAGAGAAAAAAGUAUUUCAUUUAUGUAUAGUUAAUCUUGUAAUUGGAACACUUUAUUGUGCUAAAAAUAAUUAUGAAUUUGGUAUUAGUCGUGUAAUGAAAAGUUUAGAACCAUAUCAAAAAAAAUUGGGUACAGAUACAUGGUUUUAUACAAAACGUUGCUUUUUAUCGUUAUUUGAAAAUAUGGCUAGACAUGCGGUAGUCAUUAAAGAUAGUGUUCUCAUGGAAAUGUUACAAUUUCUCAGUCAUUGCGAAGUAUGGGGACGUGAUGUAAAAGCAAAUUUUGUAUCACCUUUAAGUAAUAAAACAUUGCAUGCUGGUAAAAAUACGGUGGCAUACGAAGCAAGAUAUUUAAAAGCGUUAUUAUUAGACUUGUUAAAAUUAGAAUGUUAA